CCAGUUCGGUCAUCAAGAUCAAGCUGCUGCGUUUCGCCUAGAUUUUUUAACUCAACUUAACUCAAUCUUGAUGGUCGACCUACUUCCGUCAGUUGUAGUGUAAUCGCGAAAGUGUAGCCCUCUCAUCAUAUAAUGAUAGUGACUUACUUCAUCACGACGAACCACUGCCAUUUUUUCUUACACCGACUGAUGAACAAGAUACUGUACAACAACAGGAUGAUUGCUAAUCAUUAUGAAGCGUCGCGAUCUCUUUCAUUGACUUACUCACUCAAAUUCACUCACUACUCCUACUGAAACUGAAACUGACGGAUAGAAAAAUCAAACACGCUGAAGUCGUCCG